UUCAGCGCCACCAACACCAAAGUUUGUUGGCCGCGCAACCUCUCACGACGCCAAACUUCAGGCAACCUUCAGCAUCUCUUCAACUCAACACAGCGAUUGACUGACGUCGCGACUCCCGAUCACAGAAGAUGCUUACUCGCCAUCUCGACCCUGGUUGAAAGAGAAGAUGGCUCCCAAGCUUUUGGUGCUUGUCGGUGCUCCAGAAGCCAGCUCCCUCGAUUGGGAAGAGUCAGGUCUCCUCAACGACUUCAGCGACCCCAUCGCUCGGUUUGCCGGCCUUCAUGCCCGCCAGGCGAAUGAGGAGACCGUCCCAAUUACUCCCGCCCUGACUUCAGCCUCAAUUGCUCCUCCAGCAUGGAGAUCCCUUCCCCUUGAGCGACAGCACCUCGCCACAGGUCUUACCCAAAGCUUUGACCGGCACCACCUCUACACCGGCCUCUCCCAACAGAAUAGCGCCCAAGGUGCCUCAUUCUUCGUUGCAUCUCAAAUCAACUCCUUCAUUGAAGAAUUCUCCCAAGCACCUCCAGAAAGCCAUCCCUCAAGCCACGCUUCAGCCGAGGAGCUUCUCUCCCAGUUCUACGAGGAGUCAUAUGCCAGACACGAGGAUAUCCAAUCCUCACAAAUUGCGCCAGCUUCAGAUGUAGGGACAUCAUUCACGAGUGACGAACUGUCGUCUGAUUCUUUUGAUUCCCGGUUGCGACCAUUUGGGGCUGCGAAGGAAGCCCCAGUGGCGGGGCAUUUGAGCAAUUUGAGCGAUCUUCCGAUUGCAGCGUAUCUCGAUUCGAUCCAUCCGCAGACCAUGACCGUUAAUCUUAUUGUUGGGAUUAUUUCUAUACCAGAACCGCGAGCCAUAAAGACGAGACGAGGGGCGGCUGUUGAGCUCAUCGAAGUUCUUGUUGGUGAUGAAACGAGGUCUGGAUUUGGAGUAAAUUUCUGGCUGCCGUCAUCGCAGGCCGCUCAAGGAGAUAUGAGAAGUAUCCUUUCGGGACUGAGACCACGAGAUGUGGUUUUGAUGCGAAAUGUAGCUCUGAGCAGCUUUCGAGGGAAUGUAUAUGGGCAGAGCUUGAGAAAGGACAUGACGAAGGUUCAUCUUCUGUACAGAACCCGCGUGGAUAAGAGUGAUGUUGGAGGGUGCUACAGUGCAGCCGAUCUUACUAUGGGGGAUCCUGCGCCGCCUCAAGUGGAGAAGACAAGAAGGGUGAGAGAAUGGGUGCUGAGGUUCGUUGGUCUUGGUGCUGGACAGCAGAAGGGAAACGGCCCAGCCGAAGUACUCAAGGAGGUCUUGCCUCCGGAUACGCAAUAGUGAUUACGUAUCA